GGGACAACAACCGAGUCAAGAAUCAUAACCCUCGAAUUCUAUUAGUAGAAUGGGGACUGAAGAAAAGGAGAAAUAAGUCUUUCGGCUAUUAUACCUUUUUUGCCGUUAAGUUUAACAGACUUUCAUUAACGGUGCGGGGUCUAAAUGUGGAAUUAUACGGUGUUUAGGAAAUUAACCCAAACUGAAACCGUAAAGCAGUAGAAAUAGAUUGUAGCAAGGCCUCCAUUUUCAGAAUCUCCUUUCUCACUCCUAGUGGCUCUAAGUCUAACCCAUGCUGAUGCUGAUGGAUGUGAAGCUCUUAUCGAAAACCCUAAUCCGCAAUGUGAUGUGGAGAACUUACUACACGAACAGGACCAACAAGGUCACUCUUUACUCCAAAAUAAGUCCGCUCGGAAACCCAAGCUUGAGCCUUGUGCCGGAGCUCGAAUACUGGGUGCACCAAGGGAAAAAGCUCCGAGUCGGCGAGCUUCAACGCAUCAUCCAUGAUCUUCGUAAGCGCAAGCGAUUCUCUCAAGCUCUAGAGGUUUCUGAGUGGAUGAAAAGAAAGGGUGUAUGCAUUUUUUCAGCAACUGAGCAUGCUGUUCAGCUGGAUCUGAUUGGCAGGGUUCGUGGGUUUCUUUCUGCAGAAAGUUAUUUUAACGAUUUGAGAGAUGAAGAUAAGACAGAUAAGACAUACGGUGCUCUCCUGAAUUGUUAUGUCAGGCAGCAUCAAAGAGAUAAAUCUCUCUCUCAUUUGCAGAAAAUGAAGGAGCUAGGCUUUGCUUCUUCCCCUCUCACUUACAAUGACAUAAUGUGUUUGUACAUAAAUCUUGGCCAGUAUGAGAAGGUCCCUGAUGUGCUAGCAGAGAUGAAGGGGAACCAAGUUUUGCCUGACAACUUCAGUUACAGAAUCUGCAUGAAUUCUUAUGGUAUGAGAUCUGAUAUUGAAGGAAUGGAAAAUGUUCUGGAGGAGAUGGAGUGUCAACCUCACAUUGUCAUGGACUGGAACACUUAUGCUGUAGCUGCCAAUCUCUACGGAAAAGCAGGCCUAACCGAUAAGGCAACAAAUGCCCUUAAGAAAUCAGAGAAGACGCUAGAUAAGAAAGAUGCACUUGGAUACAAUCAUUUAAUUUCACUUUAUGCCAGCCUUGGGAAUAAGGAUGAGGUCCUGAGAUUAUGGAGUCUGGAAAAAACUGCUUGUAAGAGGCACAUAAACAGGGACUAUAUUGUUAUGUUAGAAUCACUGGUGAGGCUAGGUGCAUUCGAAGAAGCCGAGAAAGUACUGGAGGAGUGGCAAUCGUCUGGAAACUGUUAUGAUUUCCGAGUGCCAAACACUAUUAUUGUUGGUUACAUUGAGAAGCAAUUGUAUGGGAAAGCAGAAGUACUGCUUGAAGACUUGAUUGAGAAAGGAAAACCAACCGCCCCUAACAUUUGGGGUAAAGUGGCAACCGGAUACCUGGACAUUGGGGAAACAGAGAAAGCUUUAGAGUGCAUGAAAGCUGCCCUCUCUAUACACGUAGAGAAAGGGUGGAAACCCAACCAUAGGGUGGUAAGAAGCUUGUUGAGCUGGCUUGGUGAUAAAGGCAGUGUUGAAGAGGUCGAAGCCUUUGUAGAAUCAGUGAGGAAUGUUAUACCAGUGAACAUAAAGUUGUACAACGCCUUGUUAAAAGCACAUAUCAGAGGAGGUAGUACAGAAAUAAAUAAGGUUUUAGAUAGCAUGAAAACUGAAAAUAUAGAUGAAGAUGAAGAAACAAAGAACAUCCUUGCCAUGUGGCAAAAACUAGAGUCAGCAUGAUGCUUUUUUGCUUCUCUUCUAUUCGAUUAUAAUUGGUUGCAUUGGCUGUAAAGGCACAAAUAAUGGGCAUUCAGCCGAAUUGUUUUAUAGAGUCGUGGCAAGCAUAUGUACGCAAAGAUGAAAAAUUGUAAAUUGAUGAGCCGAAUGAUAAUGAUACUAUUUUGUU